GUUGCGUCCAAUGGGAGAGAUAAAACUGGAAGCAGCGUGGUCAAGGGCAACCGGCUGACAGGAAUCUGAUAGCAAGGAAGCACCGGAGAGAGGAGCCUCGUGUCUCGGGCUGUCACCGAAGAACUCAGUCGGUUUGAGCCGUGUUUGAAGAGAAGAAUCCUGAAAAGCAGCCAUGGAUCAGGCAAGGACAACAAUAUCCAAAAUUUUCAACGGGGAGCCGCACUCCUACACACGAUUCAACUUGACCCAGAAUAUGGAGGGUGACAACAGCCAGGUGGAAAUGAAGCUGUCCUCCGACGUAGAUGAGGAGGUUGGGGGAAACGGCGUUGGAGAGCACCUCAAUCACAACAACUCCAACCGCAAACCCUACGUGGCUCAAAAGUUAGGACGCACCCCCAAGAACCUCUGCUUCAUGGCAGCUGCUACCUUCCUCAUCUUUAUCAUCGGGUACCUGAUCGGCUACCUGGUUCAUCGAAAUAAGGACGUGGCUCCCAUCUGUGCCGCCUCGGUUCUCCCUGCUGAGGAGCCUGUUGCUCGUGAGACAGGCGCUGCCCCCCUCAUGGACUGGGAUGAUGUCAAAAAGCUCCUCGCUAAAAAACUCACUGCAUCCAAGUUAGAUUCUGUCUUCAGUGACUUUUCUAGUACAGAUCACCAGGCUGGCUCUCCUGGUGAUGAAAGUCUGGGAAACAAGGUGCUCAACAAGUUUAAAGAGUAUGGCAUGCAGAGCUGGACCGAUGAGCACUUUGUCAAGGUUCAGAACGCCCCAGCAUCUGGCUCCAACAAAUUUGUUUUCAAGAACAAUCCGGAGGAGCGUCCCAGCGGAUUCCUCUCGUACAGUUUUACUGGAAAAGCAACGGGUGCGGUGCUUUAUGCACAUUAUGGGCGGGAAAGUGACUUCAGGAUGCUGCGGGACAAGAGCAUCAACAUGAAUGGUAGAGUCAUGCUGAUCAGAGCUGGUAAGAUCAGCUUUGCAGAGAAGGUCGCCAAUGCUGCCAAAAUGAACGCCUCCGCUGUGCUGAUCUACCCAGACCCCAUUGAUUACACUAUUGGAGAGUCCACUCAGAUGUUUGGACAUGUACACCUGGGCUCCGGGGAUCCCUACACCCCAGGCUUCCCCUCCUUCAACCACACCCAGUUUCCUCCUGUACAGUCCUCAGGCUUGCCAAAAAUCUUGGCUCAGACCAUCACACAACGCAUGGGAACCACCAUUCUGAGGCAGCUCAGUGGUCAGAAUCUGCCAGAAGGGUGGGAGGGCUUCAACAGACUCGGAGACGAAAGCGACACUAUUACUCUGGAGGUCAACAACGUUCUUGCUGAGAAAAAGAUACACAACGUCUUCGGGGUGAUCAAAGGCUUUGUGGAUGCAGAUCGAUAUGUGGUCAUUGGUGCCCAGAGGGAUUCAUGGGGUCCAGGUUUUGCUGCAUCAACUGUUGGCACCGGCGUCCUUGUUGAGUUGGCCCGUUCCAUCUCGGACAUGGUGAAGAACGAUGGAUUCAAACCGAGGAGGAGUAUUGUGUUUGCUUCCUGGAGUGCUGGGGAAUAUGGGAGUGUUGGCGCCACCGAGUGGUUGGAGGGAUAUCUGUCCUCUCUGAGCAUGAAAGCUUUCACCUACAUCGACCUGGAUGGCAUUGUAACAGGUCAGAAUGCAUUUAAAGUAGCAGCCAGUCCCUUGAUGUACAGCCUCAUCGAAAAGACCCUGAAAGAGGUGAAGUCAAACAAGGAUAUGUCUCUGUCUUCUCAGUUUGCAAAGGGCAACUGGGAAGCAAAUGUGUUGGAGCCUCUGAAGAUGGAAAAUGCUGCCUAUCCUUUCCUUGCCUUUUCAGGCAUUCCUUCAGUCUCAUUUAGAUUCACUACUGGUGUUUCUGACUACCAGUACUUUGGCACACUGCUGGACACCCGGGACAAACUGAACGGUGUCACAUCCAGCCAGGUUCCUCAGCUGGCUGAAAUGGCAGCGAAGUUUGCUGGUCAUAUAGCACUGAGACUGGUCCAUGACCACCUGCUGCAAAUGGACCUGAGGAAGUACGACAGUAUUAUACGUUUAAAUGUGGCUCAGAUUAAUGGGAAAGUCAAUACUGUUCAGAGGGUGCAGCCCCAGCUGUUGCCCAAAACCCUGACAGUGCAGUGGUUGAACUCAGCCUCUGGCUCCUACAGUCGUGCGUCUCGCAGCCUGGCAGCAGACAUCCUGAACAGCGACCUGGAGGACGUCGAGAUGUGUCGCAUCAUCAACGAGCGCAUCAUGACGGUGGAGAGGAACUUCCUGUCACCGUACGUUUCUUCCAGAGAGAGUCCUUUCCGCCACAUCCUGCUGGGCUCUGGUCCUCACACUCUCAAGGCUCUGUCCACCCACCUCGACGCUCUCGGGACUAACAACCCCGAAGCCGACGCCGACCUGUUCCGCAACCAGUUCGCCCUGGCGACCUGGACCAUUCAGGGCUGUGCCAACUCACUAGCAGGAGACAUCUGGUCUUUGGAUAAUCAAAUCUAAAAUAAGUAGUUUCCCCUCCUCCCUCCCUUGUUCAUGGUGUGGCCCACUCCUCGUAACUGAAAACCACUAUGCUGUUGUAACCAACAGCUUUUUAAAAUGAUUCAUGAGGUGAUAAAAGUGGAGCCACAUCUAAAAGGAUCGUCCCCUCUAUUCCAUAAUUCUCAUUUCAUCCAACUGUCUCAUCUCCCUCAUUUGUGAAAUUCCCUAAAAAGCCAAACAGUAAUGAUAAAAUGUGCAUAAGCCUUAACUAAAGAGAAGUUUCUCCCACUUUGGAAAGAAAAAUUCUUUAGUUUGAACAUGUGAUGCUUAGUGUCACGAUGUUGAAUGCUUUGGUGCUAAUAACAACUACCUUCACACGCCCAUGUUAUGUGGCAGCACUACUUACACCGGCAUUACCCUCUCAGUGAGUUGGAAUGUUAUUUCCUCAGCACAGUAUCAGGUCACAUUCACAGCAAACGCUGUGUUUUCAGCUCAGAGGUCGUUAAAACCCACACGGCCAGUAUGAUUAUAAGCUAACAACCUUCCACAUGUUUACCGUAAUUAUUACAAAUCAAAGGCUGGCAUUACCAUUGCUGCUGAGCCUAAUGUUCCAACCUCAGCUGGUUUGUGUUGGUAGCUAUAGUGUCAUACUGUGCUGGAUUCUGCUACAAAACUCAUUGUAAGAGAUUCAGGAGUAGCUCAAAGGACUGCAGAAUAAUUUACAAUAAUAACCUCACCGACCGCACAUGGAGUUUCGGGACAAUCAGCUGCGCAGCUAAAGACUUAUGCUGCUUCAAGUCCAAUUUACAUGCAAGAGUUAUUACAAAAAAGUGUUUAAAUGAUCGUAAUUUUCCACCUCUUGGCAUCAGAGCUAAACUGUGUAGGCCUUUCAAAAACACAAAGGAGAAGUUCUCCAACCAUGUGGCACUGAAACAGAAACCGUAUGUCUAUUUAUUGUGUUAUUUAUUUAUCAGUGGCAGGGUUCACUAUAAAUAGUUUUUUUAUCGCCUUUUAUAAAAAAUAAUAAAGUAUAAUUAUCGGGAGCAGUGCCUUCCAUAAUUAUGACAGUUAUACUGUCGAAAUGACAAAAGCAGCAUCUGCUAAAAGAAGUGUACAUGUUGACCGACGACUGGUACUGAAGACACACACAAAAAAACCCACAAUCAGGCACAACUUUAACUGACAGUGGACCAGUUUAGCAGUACCAGCUUGUAUGGCUCAUAUUUACUGAACAUCUCUGCCAGUACCGGUUCCUCGGUCCAUGGACUCUUCUCAUCCUGACAGCAUUAUCGGGAGCAGUGUCUUCCAUAAUGUGGAAAAAAGAAGAAGGUAGUUUUUGCCUACCAGUGUGUGUCCGUAUCGGAGGCAGUGCCCUCCAUAUUUCACUGUAGGGGUGGAUGUUUUUAUUAUCGGGGACAGUGUUUCCCAUAAUGUAUGUAUAUACAGUAAAACGGAACAUAGCUUCACAAUGCUCGCAUCUUUACAAGCCGUCUGUGCUUCCAUGUCUUCAGUCUAGUUUCCUCUCAGACAGCCUGAACUUCUGCUCACGGAUCCAAAUCCGUGUCAUUACUGGAGUAAAGGAGGUGAUGUGGGUUUCUUUAAUCAAACGCCGGUCUUGCGUUGUCUUUUCUUUGCUGCAUAUGGAACUGACUUUAAAGGUAUUUUAUGUUGCAGACAUGUUUGGGAUCACUGUGGUUACAGUGGUGUGCUCCAGUAUUUCUGUGAAAACAUCACUAUGCGUUGAAUGAAUUUUGUUGUUUAAUGAUUCAGCCGUUGUUAAAAGUACUUUCUACCUUCUAUUUUGAUGUGUUCAUUCUUGAGAUUUCCUUGUGCCUUUUUUUUGUUUGUUUUGUUUCGUGACUGGAUUAGAGCUGAGUUUCUACACAAAGUACCUAAAGAGGUUUUUGGAGGAUGAAUAUCUGGAUUGUUUUGAUGUUUCUCUAUUUUUUUUUUUCCUCUGUUGUCUGCUAGAAUCAAAAGUUACUCGUGUCAAAGCCUGUUUUGCUAUGACGCCAUUAGAGAAAGUUACCAGAGGAAUGAAAGAAUCUGUCGAUGGGUUUCAUAUUCCAGCGAAUGUUACAGUUUCUGACACAAGCCUCCUUUCUUUUGUUGAUCUAAGUCUGCUCACACUGUCACUCAUUGUUCUCUAUUCAGAAGCCAUCUGACGUAAUGCCUCCAGUAGAAAAAUGUGGCUUUAAUUGUUUGAUAAAUGUGGAAGUUGGAUCUCUAAUAAAGCAGCUUGCUGUAUAUCCGGAAAAAAAAUUCACGCAUGUUACUUAUUUGGAGGGCAUUCGGAAUUCUAAUAACCUGGACAAAGAAUGUGUUUAAAAAUUGUCAAAACAAUGAUGUGCUUUAUAUUUUUUCAUUCUCAGACUGUGUGUAAGUUUGUUUAGCUUUGGCAUUUUUGUUGCUGCAAUAAACAAUCACAUCACA